AUGGGGUUUCAUAUACAAUCUUAUAUAGCCAUGAUGGGUAGGGGAAUAAAUCCCAAAACAUGGAAGAGAUUGUGGACAAAUUACAAAAAUAAACAAAUAAUACAUGUAUACAAUGAUGUAGCAGAAUUUACAAAUAAUCAAAUUGCCCAGGUUGUUAGGGUGUAUCAGUAUAGGUAUUGGUGGUGGGCAAACCCUUUCGGCAUGGGAUUGAUUUUUUAUUUAGGAUACAAGGCAUGGUAUAUGAUAUACAUGAAUCAUAAACAAAGAAAGAUGGCUCAAGUCGUUGCAUCGGCAUAUGGCCAGGGAGGUCAGUGGCUUAACCCCGUUCCCAAGUGA